AUGCAUCCCCUCAUCACUCUCGAGGAGCACUACAUCUCCACCAGGGUCCACGCGGCCAGCAAGGAGGUCCGCGACCACUUCGCACCUUUCCCUGCCCAAACCAUGGCCAAGCUGCAGGGACUCGGCGAAGGGCGUAUCAAAGACAUGGACAGUGGCAAUGUAUCCAUCCAAGUCAUCUCCCACGGACCCGGCGACCUCUCGCCCGAACUCUGCGCCGAUGCCAAUGACGACCUCGCCGCAGCCAUUGCCCAAAACCCGACGCGCCUGGCUGGCUUUGCCAUGCUACCGAUGAGCCAGCCCGACGAGGCCGCCGUGGAGCUGGAACGAUCGGUCACAAAGCUGGGCUUUGUCGGUGCGUUGGUCGAGAACCAUCUCAACGGCACUUUUUACGAUGCCGAGCGCUUCUGGGUCGUGUUUGAGAAGGCACAGGAGCUCGACGUGCCCAUCUAUAUCCACCCAACGUUUGCGUCGGAUUCCAUGUUGGAGUAUCACAAGGGCAACUACAGUGACAGCAUCGCCACUGCGUUGAGUGCAUAUGGCUGGGGCUGGCACAGCGAGACCGCGCUGCAUAUCCUGCGGCUAUAUGCCAGCGGGCUCUUUGAGCGGUUUCCCAACUUGAAGAUUGUCAUUGGCCACAUGGGCGAAAUGCUCCCUUUCCAGCUUGAUCGCGUCUUCAAUGUGACUGACCGAUGGGCUAAGAAGGUGCCAUUCAAGCACGUCUGGCACAACAAUAUCUGGGUCACCACUAGUGGCAUGUUCUCGCUGACUCCGCUGGACUGUCUACUGAAAACCACCUCGAUUGACCGUAUCCUGUACAGCGUCGACUACCCCUUUUCGACUAACGAGAAAGGGAUGCAGUUUUUCGAGGAGAUUGAGAAGAGUGGUCUGAUUGCUGGCGACGACUUGGCCAAGUUUGCCUAUCAGAAUGCGGAGAAGCUGCUCAAAGUGAAAACCAAAGCUUUUACUAAUUGA